AUUUUUAAACCCAGCGGAAGCAGCACAGUCACAUGUUACGAUUGACCUAUCGUUACUGCGGAAUGUUACAAACAUGGCGACUUAGGGGUGAAUUUUCUUCCUGUCAUUGUGGAAAAAGUUUUCUUACUGACAUUUAUUAGACCUCAUGCAGUAAAUAAAGCUAUCAAAUGAAACUAGGGACUCUAGUUUUGUUGCAACUGGAAGACGAGCCUCCAUUAGUGCAGGCUUGUUACCAUGGUGAUCCAGAUGAAGUACGAGCAUUGUUGUACAAGAAAGAGGAUGUUAACUACCAGGAUUCUGAGAAAAGAAGUCCAUUACACUCCGCUUGCUAUUGUGGGGAGAGUGAGAUUGCAGAUCUUUUAAUACAAAGUGGGGCCAGGGUAAAUACAAAGGAUAACAAAUGGCUGACUCCAUUACAUAGAGCAUGCUGUUCAAAAUCUGAGGAAACAGUUGAAGUGUUGUUGAGACACCAAGCAGAUGUAAAUGCCAGAGACAAAAACUGGCAGACACCAUUACACGUGGCAGCUGCCAACAAUGCUGUACGCUGUGCUGAAUUACUGGUACCUUCCUUGACAAAUGUUAAUGUGUCUGACAGGGCAGGAAGGACCAGUCUACAUCAUGCUGCCUUCAAUGGACACAAAGAGAUGACAAAAUUAUUGUUAGAGAAAGGUGCUACCAUUAAUGCCUUUGAUAAGAAAGAUAGACGUGCUAUCCACUGGGCUGCUUACAUGGGCCAUGUAGAAGUUGUGAAAAUCCUAGUGGAACAUGGCGCUGAACUUAAUUGUCGUGAUAAACAGAUGUACACACCUUUACAUGCUGCUGCAGCCAGUGGACAAGUCAGUGUGGUCAAGCUGUUGUUAGAACUAGGUGUAGAAUAUGAUGCAGUCAAUAUCCAUGGUAACACAGCUCUCCAUAUAGCCUGUCUGAAUGGUCAGGAUGUUGUGGUUACAGAACUACUGAGUUAUGGAGCUUCCAUUAAUGCUUGUAAUCACAGAGGUCUGACUCCCUUACACUAUGCAGCCUCAUCAACACAUGGUGGGAUCUGUUUAGAAAUUCUCGUCACUGAAGGAGCAAAUGCCAGAAACCAGUGUAUGGAUGGUAGAACUCCACUACACAUGACAGCAUUGCAUGGUAGAUUUACCAGAGCACAGACACUAAUAGAGCAUGGUGCUGAAAUAGAUGCUUGUGAUAAGAAUGGGAACACUUCUCUCCAUAUAGCUGCUAGAUAUGGCCAUGAAUUACUGAUAAAUACACUGUUAGAACAAGGAGCUGACCCAAUGAGACGAGGUACAAGUGGAAUGCUACCAGUACAUGUUGCUGCUCUAAAUGGUCACACUGAUUGCAUGAAAAGAUUACUGUCUGCUAUGCCACAGUUAAAUAUUGACAUCACAGAUGAUUGUGGUAGAACAUGUCUCCAUGGGGCUGCAUGUAGUGGGAAAGUUGACUGUGUAGAAUUAUUAUUAAAGACUGGUGCUAAUAUCUCACAGUUAGAUGUGGAGGGAAGAACUCCCUUGCAUUAUGCAGCUGCACAUAUAAAUUUCCAGUGUGUGUCUAUACUACUAGAUACAGGAAGUAAUGUAAAUAUUACAGAUAGACGUGGAUGUACACCGCUACAUUAUGCAGCAGCUUCAGAUCCGGACGCAAAAGUGAUAGAAUUACUAUUGAAACAUGAUCCUCGUCCAGGAAUACGAGAUAAUGAAGGCUACAAUACAGUCCAUUACGCAGCUCUCAAAGGUCAUAAACUAUCACUAGAAAUGCUCCUUGAUGCUGCAGCUACUGAUUUGUUGAGAAGUGGAGCUAGAUAUUCCCCUGCUCACCUAGCAGCUUACAAUGGUCAUAGUGAUGCCCUCAAUGUAUUACUUGGAUGUAUAAUGAAUUUGGAUAUCAGAGAUUAUCAUGGUAGGACAAUGUUAGAUUUAGCUUGUUAUAAAGGUCACCAUGAAUGUGUAGAAACACUUCUAUUACAAGGGGCCACAAUUCUAGUCCAAGACGGUCAGACACGGAGAACACCUCUACAUGCUGCAGCAUUAAAUGGUCAUACAGAAUGUCUGAGAUUAUUACUGGAGACUGCUGAUGACAAUAACAUAGUGGAUUGUACAGAUUCCUUUGAUAGGACUCCACUAAUGCAUGCAGUAUCAAAUGGUCAUGUAGAUACAGUUCUUUACCUCAUAGCAAACGGUGCCAUAGUUAACAAUCGUGAUAUACAGGGUCGUACAGCACUUCAUCGAGGGGCUGCCAACGGCCAUGAAGAAUGUGUGGAUGCUAUGCUACACAAUGGUGCCGAUAUCUCUAUACAGGAUAGUCUUGGUCGGACGUCCCUUCACUUGGCAGCAGCAUGUGGACAAGUAGCCAUUUUAGGAGCUUUACUUCUUACUGGUCCAUUACCUUCUAUAGAAGACAGAAGAGGGUACUGUCCUUUACAUUUAGCUUGUUAUAAUGGUCAUGAUGGCUGCGUCGAAGUAUUAUUAGAAUAUGAACAACAUAAAGUUUUUUCAGGGAAUCUUUUCUCUCCUUUACAUUGUGCUGUGAUAAAUGGAAAUGAUUCUUGUACAGAGAUAUUAAUAGAAACUUUAGGUGAUAGCAUUGUAAAUUGUACAGACACCAAAGGGAGAAGCCCUUUACAUGCGGCAGCCUUUAGUGACCAAUGUGAAUCUAUGCAGUUACUUCUGUCUCAUGGAGCGUCAGUGAAUUACUGUGAUAAGACGGGUAAAUCUCCCGUUAUGUUAGCAGCAGCUAAUGGCCAUGCUGCAGCAGUAGAGUUAUUACUGGAGAAUGGAGCAGAUCUCUCCUUCGUUGACUGUGACAAAAACUCAGCAUUACAUUUUGCUUGUGCUCAUGAACAUGAAAAUGUGGCAUUACUUUUACUAGAUAAAAUUGAUGAUUCGGGUACAAUCAAUUUACCAAAUGCUGAACAGAAAACUCCCCUUCAUUUAGCCUGUAAAUAUGGAUUAGUUUCUAUAGUACAAGAUCUGAUAUCUAAAGGAGGAAAUGUUCUCGCUGUAGACGAAAAUGGCCAUUCCCCUGCUCUGGCAUGUGCCCCGACCAAUCGAGUAGCUGAGUGUCUAGCUAUUGUAUUAGCACACAUGCCAUUCUCACAACCACCUAACAAUACCUUCCAAAGAAGAAACCGAUCUGAAAGCUCUCCAUCGGCACCAUUUGGUGCUACAAAAACACUUGACAACCCAGGAAGUCCGGCUGGAAUAGGUAGUCCUGCAGGAAGUGUACAAGACGUUAAAGAACAUUCAGGGUCAUAUCAAAGUUCUGACUCGGAAUUCUAUUGAUAAUUAUUUUAUUUAGGAUAAUAUCAUGACUAUCAUGGACAGUUAUGACCUGCCAAAAGUCAAAUAGAAGUAUUGUAAAUGAAUAAGAUAAUGUCACAUGGGCAAGUUUGAAAAAGAUUUCUGAGCAUGGGAUAGAACUAAAAGUCUCAACAAGAAGGAGUAGUGCUGUCACCAAAGAUUGCUCAUCAUUAUUUAUAUGAAAUAGAAAAAUUACAUAAAGUGUCAGAAACCAAAAUGUAUAAUUAUACAUUUAAAUAAACGCUCAUAUUUUCAUAGAUAUAAUACUUUUCAUUUAUUCUCUGACUCUGAUUCACUAAUCUAUGUAUAGUUACUUGAGAGGAUUUGCUGUUUGUGUUCUUUGUUUAAUAUUUUUAAACUAGAGAAUUUGGGAGAUAAUUGAAAUAUUUAAAUAUAUACAUAUUAACAAAUUAGGUUUUAAGUUUAUAUUAUUAAAACAAUUAUUUAUUUAUAAUUUAUUAAACCUAGGCUUUUCUUUGUGAAAACAUGUCUUAUACAAUGAAUACAUUUUAAAAUCAGUGUUGAACAGGAAUAUUUGAGGGAGCACAACCCUUAUGGACAGAUAUCUGACUGUCUGAAAGGUUUCAGGAUACUUACAUAAGAUAGUAAUGCAGAGAGAUCUUAACAUUUGCAACACAGCUACCAUGUAAUGUUGUACAUUGUAUUUUCACUGUUGACACAAUUCCUGUCCUGAAAUGGUCUUGUAUUUCUCUAAAAAUAAAUUUAAAAAAAGGUUUUAAAUAGUAAACUUAUGUUACUAUGCCUUUCUACCAUAAAAAUGUAGUUCAAAUUGGAUUUUCACAUUUAGUGCAUACACAGUUUCUGAGUUCUGUUAUCUGUUCUAUUAAAACCAUAGUGUUAUCAAAAGUAUAAAAUGGUUUACUUUUAUAAAUUGUGACUUGGAUGGCACUCAUACCACAUCUUCCUAUAUCUAAUUAGUUAACAGUUUAAGUUGCAGUCAAAGAUUACCCUUUUGACAAACACAUUUACUUGAAAGAUAAAUUUUAAGAAAUGUUUUAUUUACAUUAAAAUGUAUGCUCCUUUUCCAUUGCCUGUAUAAACUCUGUAGAUAAAGGGUGACUAGUAGUGGCUAACCAGACUGAAGCAUAAUAUUUCCUUCAUAUAAAACACAAUAUGUUUUCUCAUUCGAAUCCUGUAACUUUGUCAACUAUAGCAUUGUUUAUAAAACAUUAUAUUUGUGUGAUGAAUUUUUUCUUAUGAUUUGAGAAAUAGUGGUAAAUAGGAGUUAGUUUAAAUUUUAGAAUUAUGGUUUAGGGAAUUAUAAACCCUAAGAUCUCUGAAUGUAAAUGUUUGGAUGUAUUUUAUGAUAUUUGUUAUUUGUAGAUCACUUAUUUAUUUUGUGUCCUCCAUUUAUUGACAAAACUUAAUACAAUGAAUCAAUUAUAUGUAUUGUACUUAUUCAGGGUUUACAUGCUACAAAGGGAAGGCGCUUAAUUGAAUACAUAUUUUAAACUUGUUCAUUGGUUCAAAUCUCCUUAUUGUUGAAGUGUCUUCCUUUUUGUGCCAUACAAACUGUUCAUAUUCUUUUGUACAGACACAUAUCAUCCACAGAGUGCCUAUUCUUUUGUUAGUAGCUCAAUAGUUUAUUUUGUCUGUUAGUUUCACUAUAAACCACUUUGUUAUUUAUUUGGCAUAGUCCAGAAUUUGUUAAUUCUGUAAGGUGUACUUAUCUAUAUAACAAACAACAAUCUAUCAAUCAAUAAAAAAUAUAUAUACUAAAAUUCCUUUUUCAUUUAUUCUAUAAAUAAAGCUGUCAUCAAAAUGUUAGUUAUUGACAAAAAUUCUGGCUAUUACCAUCAUCAAAUCAGUUGUUACUAUGUCAUCUUUGCAUGUUUUCUUAUAAAAAUAAGAUAUUUAUUUUUCUACCUCUUGGCAAGUUUGAAAUACACGUUGCUUAUGUUCUCCAAUGGCUUAGUUUCUAAAUAAGAUGUAGCCACUAUUCAACUCAUCAAUUAACAAUGUCCAUACCCUAGCCAGGGGUCAGAACCCCCCCCCCCCCCCCCCCCCCCCUUGAAAACAAAUAAGUACUGUUAUGGUCAACGCUUUGUUCGAAUUGUGACUGUUAAAGUCGAAUUUGUGAGUCCAAAUACCCCCCUUGGAAAAUCCUGGCUAUGGGCCUAAUGUCUUUCAUUACAGUCAAUAGAAUCCAGGAAAAAAAUCAGUUCAUUUGAAAAGAAGGAUAUGAGUAAUCUUUUAUUGUUCUUCUUCAUUCCAAAGUCUGUGUGAGGCCUUUAACACUGAGUUCAAAAAAUCUCACCUCACUGCAAGUUUGUCAGAAACAAAUGUUUUGGAAUUAAUCAUUUAUUUAUCCUUUGUCUGAACUAUGUUUUGUGGCCCCUUACCUCCACUGAAUGAUAAGAAUUUCUGUCAUUAAUUUGUUUUAGAUUUCAUUAGAUAUUUUGUUUGAAUCAAUUAGUUUUGUAUGAUGAUUUCUAGUUUCCUGUUUAUACCAAAAAUCAAAUGAUCAAGUACCAGUGUGUCAAUCUUUAAGACGUAUAAUAUUUAUAUAAAUAUAAAUUUAUUAUUAUGUUUAUUUAUAUGUAGAUUCCUUAGUGCUUUGUUAUCUUGUAGAAAAGUUUCAUAUCUGUCUCGGGUAUUGUAAUGUUAAGCCUUUUGAUUUAAAGUAAAGAAAACGUUGCCUAUUUUGGUAACAAUUACAUCAGUAUUUAAUUUAUUCAGAAAAUGGGUUCUACAUAAGAAGCAAUUCAAGUUUCUAAUUUCAUUUAAAUAUUUUAUACCUUUGGCUCCAACCAUGUUAUAAUACAUGUCAUUUAAUAUUCUUAUAUCUUGUGAAGAAUCAAAUAAAUAAAUUUAAAUUGAGAGUGAAUGAUGUUAGGAGCAUAGGGGUUUGUCCUGUAUUAUCAGUACAAUUCAUCUGGAGCUGGGUAAAUGGUUUCCUUUGUGCCAAAACACCUUAUCUCUCAAAACCUUGUUAUAUUAUUGUCCCCUAGAAUUGUAUCCCUGUUAUGUUUUUGUUUGUGCACAUGUGGUACAAGGAACUUUUCUGUGAUUCAUUUAUGCUUGUGCUAGAUUAAUGUAACCUUAGAAACCAUCACUGUUUGGAAGGACAAUGCAAGUUUUCUUAUAACAAAUCUAAAUAUCUUUCGUUGUUAGUUUUGGCCUAAAUUCAGAAGACUUAUUUGUUUGAAGUCGGAUAGAAACCCUAAAAGUAAAAAAAAUAUGUUUAGAAAUAUUCAAAUGAAAAUUAAAGAAUCUCAUUUUAAAAAUCAAUUUUUGAUUGAAACUGGUAAUUUCCUUGAUGAUUUCUAAGGAAACAGUUUUGUUAUUAUAGCUGAUCAUGUUAACUGUAUAUACAUGUAUAUUGUUACUACUAAUAGAUAGGGACCUAGAAUAUAUUAACUUGUUGUGUAUGUAAUUAAGUUUAAUAUGGUUAAAACACAAACCACCAUAGAUGUUUUUUUCUCAUAACAUUUCUAGACUUGAUAUAUUUGCAAAAUGUAAUACAAAAGAAUAAAACAUUUUUGAAAGAAA